GGCGAGCGCCGAGGUGGUCCGCCCCACCUCGGCGCGUCUCUCUCAUCCCAGGCAUGGUGCCGCAGCCGCCAGCGGUCACUGUGCUUCGAGGCCCGCGCAAGUCCCACUGGUGCUGCGGGCAAUGCGGGCGCGCGGAGAACUGGGCGUGCCGCAUCCAGUGCCUCUGCGGCCGCGACGCGCCCGCUGCCAUCGUCUCGCGUGCUCGCCAGAAGCACAAGGAGGCUGAUGCUGGCGGAGGCGGCGGCAAGAAGGCGGGCUUCAAGCAAGGAGGCUCGGCGACGCAGGGCAUCCCCAAGCAGCUUGCGGGGUGGCCCAAGCCUGGCGGCACAGCGCCGUGGCGCGAGGCCGCAGACGGCGCUGACCCUGAUAAGAAGUCAAAGAGUACCAAGCUCGGCGAGCGGAUCACGGAGCUCGAGGAGUGCAUCAAGAAGCUUCCACCCGCCGACGAGCGCAACAAGGAUCUUCGGGGUCCGAUCGAGAAGCAGUUGGAGACGCUGCGUGCGGAGAAGCGUGCGCUACUGUCUCCCCAGCUUGAGGAGCUGGCCAAGGGCAUCGCGACGCGCAAGGAGACCAUCGCAGCCAAGAAGUUGGAGGUGGCGGCGCUGGACGCGGCUUUCAGCGAGUCGGCCAAGAACGUCACCACCGUUGCGGCCGACAUCGGCCUUGUUGAGGACGACGUGGCCGACCAGCCCGACCUCGUCGCGCUCAUCAAGUCUGAGGCAUGGGUCAAGCUCAAGUCGGCGGUCGCCAGCAAGGUGCAGAAGCGGGCCCUCUAUCAUGCUCGGAGCGAAGGCAGCAUCGAUGACUUCAUGUCCGCCUUCGACACUAUGUGGUCCGAGCUGGCGGCCAAGCCGACGGUCGGCGCUGAGUUCAGCAUCGAAACCUACAACGCCAGCGGCGGCAAGGCGUCCGUCAAGAAGCGCAUCGCCAGCACGAUGGCGAGCGUGGCGCUGCUGCGGGAGUUCGGGCACAUCAGCGAGCACGUCGGGCAUGUUCUCAUCGAUAUACCCGAGCUGCCUGUCGGCCUGCAUGCCUUCAACGUGUACCUGCGCACUGGUGAGGGCGCCGCUGGCCGCAACGGCAGGCUGUUGCAAGAGUUGGGCCUCGCUGCUGAGGCACUGGACGGUCCAGUCGUCAUUGGUGGUGAUUGGAACAUGUGCCAAGGUGAUGCUGAGCACGUCAAGCGGCUGGUCUACACGGCGGCGCUAAAGAUGGACACCCAGAUCAUCAUCGGGCCGCAAGUGCAGCCGCCCACCUACACUAGCGCUCGGUGUGUUGCCGAAGCUGCUGUCCAGUCGUGUGGCGAUCCUGAGUCUCCCCCUGGAGUUGGAUGGGGCCUUCUCUCGGCGGCGCGGGGCCACUUCGCUGUCGCAGCCGCAGAGGCUAUCGCGAACGCUGUGGGUCAUCAGGAUCGCAAAGUUCUGUUUGGUUUCGCUCGGUACUUGCAACCCCGGUGGAUCGACAUCACCUAUGCGGUCAAAGACGCGUCCGACCUGCAGGCUGUGGCCGAGGGUUGGCAAUGGUUGCAGUCUUCCCUCCUCAGCAUCAUGCAGUGCAAGACGGUGGCCAACCCGUCCGUGCAGGACCUGUCGUUGGCUGCUGAGGAGAUCCUCAACUUCGCGACGGCCAACUACCAUGGGCAGGGUCUUGCCGCACGCCUCGAUCGAUCUGUUCAGCAGGCGCGCGGCAUGGUGCAGGCUGGCUUCGAGGAGGAGGCAUGCCGCGAGUUCCUAGGGGACAUUGAGCCCGACGUCAAGCUCGCGGUCAACGGAGCUACCCAGGAGGACCGCCAGAAGUGGAAG